AGGAUGAACCGGACGGCUACUAUACUCGAAGGAAUGAUACCAUUGAUACCAGACAUCAUGAUUCUGGAGUGGGAAGGCAGCGAGAACUCGACAGAAUGUUUAUGCUCCGAUAUUCAGAGAGACGAUUAUUCACCGUUUUUCGAAUGGGCCAACUACCUGACGAUCAUCCUUGCCCUCCCCGUCCUUUCAGUUUUCGGAGUGCUCACAAACAUAAUCAAUGUAUUUUUAUACACAAGAAAACGAUUACAAAACUCCGCAAACACGUACCUAUUAUUUCUGGCGUGCAGUGACUUUAUGGUCAUUGUGACCGGUCUCUUCAUAUUCUGGAUCGACUCUGCCCGAUCGUACAUUCCAGAGCUCACUCAGGCUCCCUACACCACUGUUUACACACUUCCAUUUGGAUAUAUGGCACAAACUUGCAGUAUCUAUUUCACAGUGGCUGCCGCUGUCGAUUGUUUUGUGAAUGUAUGCUGGGCAAAACAAGCAAAACAUUAUUGCACCGUUCGUCGAGCCAAACAAAUAUGCAUUUCAAUAGUUGUUGUUUCAAUUAUGUACAACUCAUUACGCUUUCCGCAGUUCAAUUUACGAAAGUGUUUUAAUGAUAUUACAAAAGAACAAGUCAUCGAGAUUUGCCCAACAUCACUUUUUGUCACAAUUAAUUCAGUUUACAAUAUAUAUAUGUACAUGGUCCUAAUGACACUUUUACCAUUUUUCUUCUUACUGUGUAUCAAUGCAAUUAUUGUGAAAAGGCAGUCUAAGGCAAAAACAGAUGAAUCGGCACCAAAAAAUGAAGGAACAUCUGAUGAUACAAUUACAAUGAUCAUGGUUGUUAUUUUAUUUUUGGCUUGUAAUACUUUGGCUCUUGUAGUAAACUUUAUCGAAAACUUCACUGAGCCAUCGCCGGUUCUGCUAAACUUUUUGUCAGACACCAGUAACUUCUUAGUUGUGUUCAACUCUUCAGUCAAUUGCAUUAUCUAUUUUAUUUUUAACACAGACUACAGAGAUGUUUUCCUAAUAUACUGGAAGAAGCUGAAAAGAGUUUUAAUCGAGGAGUAUUGCUGUUGUUGUGUACCAGCCGGCUCACGUAACUACUCAGCUUAUCAGCCAGUUUCCACAAGACUCGUUAUCGAAAAGAGUCAAAAUGGAAGCAGUAGUACAAAAUUGAUUCUACCAUCACUUGAUCUGAAUAGAAGUGAUCAAGCCAGUUUUGCAGAAUCUGAAAGUGCAGCAUCCCCAAUCUGGCAACCCUUAACCACGAGAAACCUUCCAAAUGUUGAUUGGCCAAACAUCGAUGAUGACAUAGAUUCCGGAUGGGAUGAUGGAAGUCAGAUGAAAAUGCAGAUCUCCUCGCGUACACCAAAACGUUGGCUUGCCGAGGUGAACAUUGUAGAUGUUGAAUCAUCGAAUGGAAGACAUCCAAGAAUUUAUGUUCGUCCUUUGAAUCAAUUGCCAAAUAAUGAAACAAUCUCUAUCACUGCUCUUUAGGUUUUUAUUUGCUCAUUGAGAAUUGAGAUUAUUCUGAUGCUUGAUCAUUUCUUCAAUAUAAAAAUAUUUACAGGUAAAUGAAAAAAUAGUCAGAAAAAAACAUAUUCCCCUCUGUAUAAAACUGAAUUUCGAACGCUAGUAAAUGAUCAAUCUCAGUAAAUUUCAGUCUCACUCUCAUUUUUUGUAUUUUUCAUAUUGAAAAUAUAUUUCAUAUCUAGUCUCCAUCCCAAAUAUAUUUUUCCCCCAUCCCGAUGCCCAAAAUUUCUUCUCUCCGCCCACUUGAAAUACGUGUUCACACUCUGUAAGUAUUUUCGGUUUGUUUUGUUCAAUUUGAAUUUGAUUGCAUUAUAAAAAUUAUUUUUAUU